AUGAGAAAACAAGGAUUAACCAUCUAUGGUGAUUUUGUGCCAUUCUGCGAGGAGACAGACUCAUCUGAGUCCAAAGAAACCAAUGAUUUCAAACAUGCGGAAGUGACGGCGCAGAACUGCACGGAUUUGCGUGGGAAAUGGGAAAAUCAACUCAAAUCAACCCUGAACAUUCAGAGUGUUAACCAAAGUACCGGAGCGCUGACUGGCACCUAUAUCUCGCCGUCCGGCGGAGGGUCCACAGAAUAUCCUAUGGUGGGAUGGGUCAACAGCAGGCCCAAACCGAACGGAACACAGAGCCACGUUCCCGUACUCGCGUUUGCUGUGCGAUGGGGGGAAAUUGGUAGCAUUACCGCUUGGACCGGAUAUUGCGAAGAAAAAUCGGUCGGGCCGACCCUCACCACUUUAUGGCAUUUAGCCAGGCCAGUUUCUGAAUAUUCAUGGGAUCAUGUCCUUACAAAUUCUGAUGAAUUUAUGUCGACGAGUGAUGAAUUUAUGCCGACGAGUGAUAAACUAUUACAACAUGGUCGUUAUAAUAAAAAACGAAAGCUUGAAAAGGAGAGGCAGAACCCAGGAGAAACGGAAUCUGACUUAAUUGCAAUACAAAAUCCGAUCUUAUCAUUGAAACAAGAACCACUGCCUAGCUCAACCUUACAAAUAGACGAUGUUAUUUUUGAUCCAAACCGGGACGACCUUACCAAACUAUUAUCGAACAUAUUAAGGCGAAAAUCGUCUUCGUAUGUAUGUGGUCCAACAGACACAG